ACAGAAAACAUCGAUUUAGUGCAGACGACAUUACUACCUGAAAGCUGUUAUAGACAAAUUUAUAUAUUUCAGGUUCACACGGAAAACUGUACACAAGAAUUUACGACAAAAGUAACAACGAUUUUUCGUUCUUUAUUGAAAAUUUUCCCUUUGGCCCCUUCUUACGAAGGUGCCGUUGGGAAAGAGGUUUGAGAAGCUCCCCUCAUAUGAUAAAUGUUCACGCCCCAGCCUUUGAAACAGAGUAGCUUUGCUGAUUGGAAUAAAAAUGGUACGAUCCAAUGGAUGGUUUACAUUUUCAAGAAGAAGGGUUCAAUUAAUUUUAUUACAACUAUGUAUGGUGUUACUGUGUGGAUUUCUGUUUCUCAAACUUAAAGGUUUACAAUCUAUGCUAUAUUUUGGAAAAAAUGAUUUAUUUUGGAAUACUGAACACAUUUUAGCUGAUGUUCUCGAAAAAGGAGGUUCAAAUGUAACGCCAUUCAAUACAUUUUUGAUUAAUGAUGCCUUUCUUGAAGAUCCAAAGAAAGUGUUUGAAGCAUCUGAUCACAUACAAUUAUUGCUUGUUGUGAAAUCACACCUGCUUAACUUCGGCAAACGAGACGCUAUCCGUAAAACAUGGGGACAUGUUAAAGAACUACGUGUGAAAACUGUCUUUGUCGUAGGAUACUUACAAAAUAUGACAGAUGUUGGUUAUUUCGAAUCGAAACUGUAUAAAGAUAUUAUUAUAUUGAACGUAGAAGAUAUAUACAAGAACAUAGUGUAUAAAUCGAUUUAUUCAAUUAUAUGCCUAUCGAAACUUAAUAUAACAGCUGAAUUUGUACACUUAGUUGAUGAUGAUCGCUUAGUAAAUACAUUGAAUGUCUACGAUGUUGCAAAAGAAAGCAUUGCACAAUCAGAUGUUGGUAUGUUAGGAUAUAUGUUUCAUUCAACCAAACCAUUUAGGAGAGUAACUUCAAAAAAUGUGAUGUCAUGGGAGGAGUAUCCUUUCGUUUACUUUCCGCCUUAUAUCAUAGGAGGAACACUAUUAACAAAUAUGAAAACAAUACAAGUGCUAGCAGAAGCAGUAAAAUAUGUUAGGAUUAUACAAAUAGAAGAUGUCUUCAUUGGGAUAGUGGCAACAGCUUUUAAGAUAGACAUGCAGCAUCAUUCUGGGUUUUUACCGUAUAAAAAGCCCGUUAAUCAAUUACGUAAUGUUUUAUCAUGUCCUGGGUAUGACAUACCAUAUACAUUAUUAAGAGACUGGGAAAUAUUAAAAAAAAUAUCAAAAUGAAAAUUCGUAGAUCGUAUAUAAGUUUCACUGACUAAUAAAGUCUAGAUAAAAAAGAGAGAAAUAGCAUAGAACAUAGCAUCAUGAAUUAUAUUGUUAAAAUCAAGCUCUUACCUAUUCGAAUACGUACGAAAUCUGUUCUAAAAUCAACUGUAUUUAGAAACAAAAAUCCUAUUUGACAAAAUACAUAUUGUUCUUUCUAUUUAAUAUGAAUAACCACCUCGACUGCCGAUUGAUUACGUGCUCCUCAGGACGAGAUGUCGGCGGUAUGAUAUCUAUAAACAAACAACAAACUGCAUGUGACAGUCCCAGGGGGAAUGAUAUCUGUAAACAAACAACAAACUGCAUGUGACAGUCCCAGGGGGUAUGAUCAGCCCAGUAGCAAGUACUUCUGUACUGCCAUAAAAAGUACGGAUAUUUUUUUAACAAAACUCACCGUCAUAAAAAAAAUAGAAAUCAUUUACACUUGUUGAUAAUUGCUGUUUUACGGUUGUUUGGCUAUUUAUUUAUCAAAAUAUAAAAAGAAAUAAAAUUAUUUUACAUUUUUCUCCAGAAACUUUCAUACUCGGGACAUAUUUUGAUCAUCCUCUAGAUCAUCCGUGUGUUGGUUAGUAUUUUAGGGUGUGGAAAUAUAGGUGAAAGGAUAUUCCAGAGAAGAGUUUAUUGAUCUUUAUUAAAUCCAGUGAACACAGUGAAGGAUCAAAAUACAUUCUAAUACAGGUCAAUAGGUUCCAAAUACGUCAUAAUACGUUCCAUAAUACAAUUUACUGAAAAGAAAACAGAAAUAUAUUGUCAUUCACUAAAUAAUACAUUCGAAUUCUAUGAUCAAAACAUUGCAAAAGGCAUGUUAUCCAGAGAACAAUAGACAAAUGAAUAUAUACCAAAAUUGUAAACUUCU